AUGGCAGGCCCGACAACGGGCGGCGGCUCACCAGAGCGCCUCGUCGUGACCAACGACCCGGGCUUGGACCAGCGCGUCAGCAUCGCCUUCAUCGUCAUCGACACCUUUUUCCUCGCCGUCUUCUUCGCCAGCCGCUACUACAACCCAAAGGCCGUGGGCAAUCCCAUGCUCGUGUGCAAUACUCUGUGCUACAUCUUUUGCCUUGGCAGCGCGACAGCGGGCAUCUUAAUGACACAAAUAGGCGGUGUCGGUUAUCAUGUCGCCGACGUUCCCGUGUACACCUUUCAAACAUGGCUCAAGCUCUCCAAGGUGCUCGAGUUCACCUACACCCCGGCCGUCAUGUUUGCUAAGCUCGCCGCCCUCUUCCUUUACCACCAAGUCUUCCGCGUCACCGGCUAUCGCAUCAUCAUCAUCAUCCUCGGCGUCGUCAUCGUCCUCCAGGGCGUCAUCGCCCUCGUCCUCGCCUUCUCCAUCUGCCGACCCUUUCGCUUUUUUUGGACGCAGGCCGUUGAUCCCAACGAUGGCGUCUGCGGCGAUGUCAUGCUCUUUUACAAGCUCUACAGCGUCCCCAGCCUCGCCACCGAUCUCGUCAUGCUCAUCAUCCCCUGGCCCAUCCUCCUGCGUCUGCAGAUGCCCGUCCCCGAGAAAAUCGGCCUCAUGCUCACCUUUCUCGCCGCCUCCUUGGGCAUCAUCACCUGCGCCCUCCGCUUCUCCGUCUUCUUCACCACGCCCCUCUUCACCGACCCGACCUGGUACGCCUCGGGCGGGCCCAUGAUUUACGCCCUCGUCGAGCCCUCCAUAUACAUGAUUGCCAGCAUCCUGCCCACCACCCGCCACCUCCUCCGCCGUGUGCACCGUCGUCUGCGUGGCGACCCUCCGAGCGUCAACGCCUCGUGCGGCCCCGACAGCACCGGCAGCAGCGGCGGCGGCGGCGCCAAGCUCGGCGAGUUGGAGAGGAGCCAGCACAGCGGCCGCAGCCGGUUCGCUCGCCGCGCGGAUCCCUACCGUCAUCACACCACCACCACCACCACGAGCCAGGAGGAGCUGACGCUCGACGAGUGGCACCACACCCGCGAGGAGUGGCCGCGACCCAUGACCAAGGCUACCGAGGAUAUGUCGCGGCCCAUGACCAAGGCUACAGAAGACAUGCCGGGAGCCCUGGAGCAAGGUCAACACAAGUGA